CCUAAUAAAACCAUAAAGCAAAUAAGGAUAACAAGUAAAACAUUUUUUCUGGGAGUGUGCAUCACUUCCUCACCAUCUUCUUCUUGUUCUUCAUCAAAGAAAAAAAGACAGUAAAAGAAGAAAGGAAAAGAGCAAAUUUUACAAAAGUAAGGGCUUAGCCUUGGCUUCUUCAAUUCCUUGUAUUUCAAGACAUGUAACGCUUGAAGCUUCUCAGAUUCCCAACUCUUUCUCUCUUACCUUAAAACCUCUUCGUCUCUCCAAACUCUUGAACCGUAUCAAACCAUGUCCACCUUGGCCUUCACAACCCUCGUUGUUUCGCUUCUGUUUUCUCUCCUCUCUUGCUCUGCUUCUUCUUCAACCCUGCUCAGUGAUUUCCAUGCACUUGUUUCACUCAAACAAGGAUUUCAAUUCCCAAACCCAGCUCUCAAUAACUGGAACACUUCCAAUCCGGUCACCGUUUGUUCAUGGACCGGAAUUCAAUGCCAUCGGGGGAGAGUGGUUACCGUCGACUUAACAGAUUUCAACCUCUUCGGCUCUGUUUCUCCUUCACUCUCUCAACUGGACAGCCUCAUCCACCUAUCCCUUUCCGGCAACAACUUCACCGGCGCCAUUGACGUCAGCAACAUGAGCAGCCUCAAGUUCCUCAACAUCUCGAGCAACCAGUUCAGCGGCCACCUCCAUUGGAACUACUCCACCCUCCAUAGCCUCCAAGUUCUGGACGCCUACGACAACAACUUCACCUCCUUGCUUCCCGUGGGGCUUCUGAGUCUCAAGAAGCUGACAUACUUGGAUCUUGGCGGCAACUACUUGUACGGCGAAAUCCCGCCUAGCUACGGCAGCCUGACGGGGCUAGAGUACCUUUCUCUGGCGGGAAACGACCUUCGGGGAAGAAUCCCGCCGGAGUUAGGGAACCUAACGAAGCUGAGGGAGAUAUACUUAGGCUACUACAAUUCCUUUGAAGGCGGCAUUCCGGUGCAGUUUGGAAAACUGACGAGUUUGGUGCAUAUGGAUCUCUCAAGUUGUGACUUGGACGGUUCAAUUCCAAGAGAGUUAGGGAAGUUGAACCAACUUGACACUCUUUACCUCCACAUUAACCAGCUCUCCGGUUCAAUCCCGACGGAACUGUCAAACUUAACGGCUCUCGUGAAUCUGGACCUCUCCAGCAAUGCACUCAGCGGGGAGAUUCCGGCGGAGUUCGCCAACCUCAGCCGACUCAAGCUCUUCAACCUCUUCUUGAACAGGCUUCACGGCUCCAUACCGGACUACAUUGCGGACUUCCCGGAGCUGGAAACGCUUGGCCUCUGGAUGAACAACUUCACCGGCGAGAUACCGUACGGCCUCGGCUUGAACGGGAAGCUACAGGUGCUUGACUUGUCGUCCAACAAACUCACCGGUGUGAUUCCUCCUCACCUUUGUUCCUCUAAGCAGCUAAGAAUCCUGAUUCUCCUCGACAAUUUUCUCUUUGGACCCAUCCCCGACGGUUUCGGAACGUGUUAUAGUCUCACCAGAGUGAGGUUAGGAGAGAAUUACCUCAACGGAACCAUCCCUAACGGCUUUCUUUACCUUCCUAAGCUAAACUUAGCCGAGUUACAGAACAACUACCUCACCGGAACCUUGACGGAGAAUUCCAAUAGCUCCUCUCAGCCUCUUAAUUUAGCCCAGCUUGAUUUGUCAAACAAUGCAUUGUCCGGUCCACUGCCCAAUUCGCUUUCCAACUUCUCCUCUGUUCAGAUCCUUUUGCUCAGCGGCAACCAAUUCUCCGGUCCAAUUCCGCCUUCCAUUGCAGGACUCCGACAGGUACUCAAGCUUGAUCUAAGCAGGAAUUGGUUGUCCGGGGAAAUUCCGCCGGAGAUUGGGCACUGCGACCACCUUACCUACCUUGACAUGAGCCAGAACAAUCUCUCUGGCUCUAUUCCUCCUCUCAUAGCCAAUAUCCGCAUUUUGAAUUACCUCAACUUGUCAAGAAACCAUUUGAACCAAAGCAUCCCCAAAUCAAUAGGCACCAUGAAGAGUCUCACCAUUGCAGACUUCUCCUUCAAUGAAUUAUCCGGUAAGUUACCGGAGUCAGGACAGUUUUCGUUCUUCAAUGCUUCGUCUUUCGCAGGGAACCCUCAACUGUGCGGGUCUCUGCUCAACAACCCCUGCAACUUGAGCAGAAUGACAUCCCAGCACGGAAAACGCUCUCCGGAUUUCAAAUUAAUAUUCGCGCUGGGGCUGUUGAUCUGCUCCCUGGUGUUUGCAGUUGCAGCCAUCAUAAAGGCGAAGUCGUUCAAGAAGAAUGGAGCCGGUUCGUGGAAGAUGACGGCAUUCCAGAAGCUGGAAUUCAGGGUGUCGGACAUUCUAGAAUGCGUGAAAGACGGGAAUGUGAUCGGAAAAGGAGGUGCCGGGAUUGUUUACCACGGGAAGAUGCCGAACGGAGUAGAGGUGGCAGUUAAGAAGCUACUGGGAAUCGGUGCGAGCAGCCAUGAUCACGGGUUCCGUGCAGAGAUUCAAACACUGGGGAACAUAAGGCAUAGAAACAUAGUGAGGCUACUGGCGUUCUGCUCCAACAAGGAGACGAACCUGCUUGUGUACGAGUACAUGAGGAAUGGAAGCUUAGGAGAGGCGUUGCAUGGGAAGAAGGGUGCGUUCUUGAAUUGGAACUUGAGGUACAAAAUCGCCAUUGAUUCUGCUAAGGGACUCUGUUACCUUCACCAUGAUUGUUCGCCCUUGAUUGUCCACCGUGACGUCAAGUCCAACAACAUUUUAUUGAAUUCCAAUUUCGAAGCCCACGUGGCGGAUUUCGGUCUCGCUAAGUUCUUGGUGGACGGCGGCGCCUCCGAGUACAUGUCUUCUAUUGCCGGCUCCUACGGCUACAUUGCACCCGAAUAUGCAUACACACUGAGGGUGGACGAAAAGAGUGACGUGUACAGUUUUGGAGUAGUGGUGUUAGAGCUUCUAACCGGAAGGAAACCGGUGGGGGCAGAGUUUGGUGAAGGAGUGGAUCUUGUGCAAUGGUGCAAGAAAGCAACGAAUGGACGGAAAGAAGAGGUUAUGAACAUAAUUGAUCAGAGGCUGAGCGUGGUCCCCAAAGAAGAAGCCAUGCACCUUUUCUUCAUUUCCAUGCUCUGUUUAGAAGAGAACAGUGUGGAGAGACCCACCAUGAGGGAAGUCGUUCAAAUGCUUUCUGAGUUCCCUCGCUCUUCCUUCUCUCCUCACUUACACCAAUCUUCUUCCUCUCAAUUACCUCCCAAACACAAACCUCCUACUUCUAAUAAUAAACAUCUUUUGCUUUAAUUACUACUUAUUAAUAAUAUUCAUCUAAAUCUUCUUGUUAAUUAUUUUCUUUUUUUCUCCGGGCUUAGAUUUUACUUUAGUCAUAUAUAGAGAGAGAGAUGUAGGAAUAGUGACUACGAUUAAAAGGAUUGCAUUGGUUUACAUUAAUCAGCCUCAAAUUCAUCCUAGUGGCAGUGGGCUCCCCAACGUUCUUUAUUUGUAUUU